AUGGAGUCAAGUAAAGAUAGUGGUAGCAUAACUAACCAGAAGUCUUCAUUUACCAAGUUAAAAGUUCAUCAAAGUGACAUUCUAUUUUGUGUUAAUGUAUCAUUCUUGAAGUUCUGUGCACAUUUUGUCGUACUUGCUUUUGCCCUAUACAUUGUAAUAAAACACUUUUUUCCGUCUGUAUUCAAAAAAUUAAAUAACAAAUUAAACAGCAACACGUUAAAUUACAUAAAACAUGAACGGGGCUAUGUAGACGAGUCCGAGGAAAAAGCUAAAACUGAUCUAGGAAAUGAAGAUGUGUUUGAAGAUGCUCAUGAAGAAGUAUACACAAGUCUAACAGAAAUAAGCACUGGUGAAGGUGCUAUUGGUGUGCUAGAAGCAACAAAUUGCGAUAAGGAAAAAGAAGAUGAAAAAGGAAAAGGUGAUAAUCAAAUUCAAGAAAGUGAAACGAAUGUUGCAAAUAUAUAUACAAAAUAUAAUACAAAAAAAAAUGAAGAAGUAAAAAAUGAAGUCAAAGAGGCAGAUUACAUUUCUAUGGUAGAGGGAAAAGACCUAAAGAAAAAGGAAGAGAGUGAUGAUAAUAAUGCUAAGGAGGGUGAAAAAUAUAAUUUGAUACCAGAAAAUAACGAUACAGUAGUAAACACCUGGGAAACAUAUUCUUGGAAAAAAAAAGGAACCAGCACCUAUGGCAUAAAAGAGAACGACGAAAAAUUGAGUGAUAACGCAAAGAAUGAUCAAGAUUUAACAGAAGCAAAAGAAAAUAAUGACAAUGAAGCGGCAUAUAGUAUGAACGUCAAGAAUAUUACGAAUAAUGUGGAAAAAGGAGUAGAUGAAAGUACUAGUAAGAGAAAAGGACAGGGGAAAAAAUAUGUCUAUAAGAAAAAACCAAAGAAUUUUCAAAUAAAAAAAGAAGAGCAAGACAAUGAAAGGCCAGGCACAAGUUAUAGCUCUCAAAGAGGUGAAGGUGGUUGUAGAAACAGAAGAAAAAUGAGUUCUGUUUCGCUACUAAAUGUACGAAAAAUUAAUGAAAGUGAAACUGAUAACUAUGAAUUAAAAGUGGGUGAAGGAAACAUCCACUAUUAUUCCGAAAAUGAUUUAUCAAAAUUGGGUGAAAAUGAUGAGGACAACACCGUUUCCAUUAAUGAUAAAAUGAAAUUGGACACGAGGAAAGUGAAAAAAAAAAUAGUGAAAGGGAAAAAGAAAGACGCAGCGAAUGAAGACGCAAAGGGAAAAGACUUAAACAAAAGAAACUUGAAGAAGAACAGGAAAAAGGAUCCAAAGGAAGAAGAGGACACAUCAAAGGACCUAAAAAGGGCAGUUUCAUUAGAUGUCAUUUAUAACAAUGAUUUGGAAGCAAUGGACGAUGAAAUAGAAGAUGAUAAAUCCCAUGAAUGGAAAAUGAACGAAUGGAGUAAGUGGCUAAUUAAAACUAAAGAGGAUUGUGAAUUCUUUAAUACAAGCAUCGAAAAUAAAAGAAAAAGGUGGCUAGAAAAAAAGGAAAAAGAAUUCGACGUGUGGCUAAUGAAUUUAAACAAUGGGUGGAUGCAUUAUAGAGUAAAUGAAGAAAAUGAAUACAAAUCGAAAGCCAUGAAGAACGCAUCAACGUGGGACGACAGCCAAUGGGAACAGUGGAUUCAAACAGAGGGGAAAAAAAGCAUGGAAGCAGAUUUGACAAAAUGGUUAAAUGAUAAUGAAACCUUUUGGUAUGACUGGAUUUCUAAAGAAUGGGCUCAAUGGAAAAACAUAAAAAUGCUUCAGUGGUUAUCAGUUGAUUGGAAGCAUAAGGAAGAUGAAACUUUUGGACAUUAUAAAUCAAGCAAAUUUAUAAAUAUGUUACAUAAAAAGAAGAGGAGCAAAUGGAUGAAAUGGAAAGAAAGGUCAGAUAAGGAAAAGGAAGAAUGGAAUAAUUGGAUAAAGAGCAAAGAAAAUUAUUAUUUAAAUUAUAAAUGGGAUGAAUGGUUAAAAUGGAAAAAGGAUAAGCGCGUGUUUUGUGGUCCACAGUUCUUGGCCCUCAUUAACAAAUGGAUAAGUAACAAACAGUGGACAGUAUGGAUUGAGGAUCAAAAAGAUGCAACGUUGUAA